AGAGACGCGCGAGCCUCGGCGGCCCGGAACCGGCCUCGGAACAGCGGCGGAACCUGAGGUCGCUUGCCCUCCCGCCCCAUGGAGCGGCCCCCAGGGCUGCGGCCGGGUGCGGGCGGGCCCUGGGAGAUGCGCGAGCGGCUGGGCACCGGCGGCUUCGGGAAUGUCUGCCUGUACCAGCAUCGGGAACUUGAUGUCAAAAUAGCAAUUAAGUCAUGUCGUGUAGAACUAAGUACCAAAAACAGAGAACGGUGGUGCCAUGAAAUCCAGAUCAUGAAGAAGUUGAACCAUGCCAACGUUGUAAAGGCCUGUGAUGUACCUGAGGAGUUGAAUUUUUUAAUUAAUGAUGUUCCUCUUCUAGCAAUGGAAUACUGUUCUGGCGGAGAUCUCCGGAAGCUACUCAACAAACCAGAAAAUUGCUGUGGGCUUAAAGAAAGCCAGAUACUUUCUUUACUGAGUGAUAUAGGGUCUGGGAUCCGAUAUUUGCAUGAAAACAAAAUCAUACAUCGUGAUCUAAAACCUGAAAACAUAGUUCUUCAGGAUGUUGGUGGAAAGAUUAUGCAUAAAAUAAUUGAUCUGGGAUAUGCCAAAGAUGUUGAUCAAGGAAGUCUGUGUACGUCUUUUGUGGGAACACUGCAAUAUCUGGCCCCAGAGCUCUUUGAGAACAAGCCUUAUACAGCUACUGUUGAUUAUUGGAGCUUUGGGACCAUGGUGUUUGAAUGUAUUGCUGGAUAUAGGCCCUUUUUGCAUCAUCUGCAGCCAUUUACCUGGCAUGAGAAGAUUAAGAAGAAGGAUCCAAAGUGUAUAUUUGCAUGUGAAGAGAUGACAGGAGAAGUUCGGUUUAGUAGCCAUUUACCUCAACCAAAUAGCCUUUGUAGUUUAAUAGUAGAGCCCAUGGAAAACUGGCUUCAGUUGAUGCUGAAUUGGGAUCCUCAGCAAAGAGGAGGACCUGUUGAUCUCACUUUGAAGCAGCCAAGAUGUUUUCUAUUAAUGGAUCACAUUCUGAAUUUGAAGAUAGUACACAUCCUAAAUAUGACUUCUGCAAAGAUAAUUUCUUUUCUGUUACCACCUGAUGAAAGUCUUCACUCGCUGCAGUCUCGUAUUGAGCGCGAAACUGGAAUAAGUACUGGUUCUCAAGAGCUUCUUUCGGAGACGGGAAUUUCUCUGGAUCCUCGGAAACCAGCCUCUCAAUGCGUUCUAGAUGGAGUUAGAGGCUGUGAUAGCUAUAUGGUAUAUUUGUUUGAUAAAAGUAAGACUGUAUAUGAAGGACCAUUUGCUUCCAGAAGUUUAUCUGACUGUGUAAAUUACAUUGUACGGGACAGCAAAAUACAACUUCCAAUUAUACAGUUACGUAAAGUAUGGGCUGAAGCAGUGCAUUAUGUGUCUGGGCUAAAAGAAGACUACAGCAGGCUCUUUCAAGGACAAAGAGCAGCAAUGUUAAGUCUUCUUAGAUAUAAUGCAAACCUGACAAAAAUGAAGAACACUUUGAUCUCAGCAUCUCAGCAACUGAAAGCCAAAUUGGAGUUUUUCCACAAAAGCAUUCAACUUGACUUGGAAAGAUACAGUGAGCAGAUGACUUACGGGAUAUCCUCAGAAAAAAUGUUAAAAGCAUGGAAGGAAAUGGAAGAAAAGGCUAUCCACUAUGCUGAGGUGGGUGUCAUUGGUUACCUGGAGGAUCAGAUCAUGUCCCUGCAUACUGAAAUCAUGGAGCUACAGAAGAGCCCUUAUGGAAGACGUCAGGGAGACUUGAUGGAAUCUCUGGAACAGCGUGCCAUUGAUCUGUAUAAGCAGUUAAAGCACAGACCUUCAGAUCACUCCUACAGCGACAGCACAGAAAUGGUGAAGAUCAUUGUACAUACUGUUCAGAGUCAGGACCGGGUUCUCAAGGAGCUGUUUGGUCAUCUGAGCAAGUUAUUGGGCUGUAAGCAGAAGAUUAUUGAUCUACUGCCCAAGGUGGAAAUGGCCCUCAGUAACAUCAAAGAAGCUGACAAUACUGUCAUGUUUAUGCAGGGAAAGAGGCAGAAAGAAAUAUGGCAUCUCCUUAAAAUUGCCUGUACACAGAGUUCUGCCCGGUCCCUUGUAGGAUCCAGUCUAGAAGGUGCAAUAACCCCUCAGGCAUCAGCAUGGCUUCCCCCAACUUCAGCAGAACGUGAACAUCCCCUGUCAUGCGUGGUAACUCCUCAAGAUGGGGAGACUGUAGCACAAAUGAUAGAAGAAAAUUUGAACUGUCUUGGCCAUUUAAGCACUAUUAUUCAUGAAGCAAAUGAGGAACAGGGCAGUAGUAUGAUGGUCCAAACAGAAAACUUGCAAAAAGUAACACCCAUAAACCUACCACUUAUAGUCAACAUCUAAUUAUAACUUUUUCAUGCCUGGUUUUAGAAUCUUGAUUGGAGUUGGUUAACAGAAUGACUUGCUACUUAUUCACUGUCCCCAAACCUAUGGAAGUUGUCGCAGCACGUGUUGGAAAUUUGUUUUUCUCCCAUGAAAUCAUUCUUCAGACACCAGCAAAUUGAAGAAAUGACUAUGAUCAGAAAAUAUGCAUGAUUUUACAAGGACAGUAUUUUCACUUUGGGUAAUUUUAAUCUCUGAAGAGAAAGAAUCUUAAAUGUUAGUGGACUUGUUUAAAUACAAUAGCUAUUUAAGCACAGCAAUCCAUUUGUUUUCAAACUUGAUAAAACGUUUAACUGACUAAAAACAUCUUUUGUCAUUUAACUUUUGGGCAUAAGGCCAAAAGUGUGUGUGUGUGUGUGUGUGUGUGUGUGUGUGUGUGUGUGUGUGUGUGUGUGUAUACAUAUAUGACUAA